CGUACGUCUAGUGUUGACGAAGGUCGGACAAUGCAUCGGAUGUAUUUUUCGCCUUUGAGCGUUUAAAUACCCCGAUUUAUUUAUCCAAAACGUGGCACGUGUGUUAUUUAAAGCGCAAACCUUCAUUUGCUCUACGAGAAAUCGUGAAAAUUAUUAAUGACGGACGAACGGGUGCUAUCGAUUUUAUCCAUUGCAGUGGGAACUGGUGCGCCGCCAUCUUUAUUUGACUUUUAUUUAUAGGCGUUUUUGUUGUCUAGAGUUGUUUCUUCCACGCGAUUUCGGCGAGCUGAGGGUUGGAGAUGGCGGUCGCUUUAGAGGUGCCGGGCCCCAUAAUCGUGAUAAAGGACGAGCCGCUGGACAUCAUAGACUUGGAUGAGGAAAAGACACCUGAGGAGGCCAUCUACGAGUGGCACGAUAAGGUGCGCAAGGAGCUCAACAAACAUAUCCGGCCCCGGAGCGAGAAUGAAUUGCUCGAAAAUAUGGCGUGGUACUUGGAGCAGCUCAAAUUCCAAGGGAAAGACCUGCAGGACCCCGGGACCCUGCAGAACGUCAUGGUCAAGCACAUCAAGGUCAUCGAGCUGUCGUUCAAGCGGCUCAAGGCCCGCAAGAGCGACUCGCACUACCUCGACCUCAUGGAGGAGAUCAUGACCCGAUUCUGCGACGUCGUCGUCGAGAACGCGUCGCAGAAGAAGAAGGUCGUCCCGAAGAAGGAGAUGAAAAAGAUCAUGGCGCGGUCCUGCAGGCGCAUCAAGUGCCUGCUGUAUCACUGCUUGCUCGCCAGUCAGCAGCGUAUACAGCACGUGCUGAUCAAGAUGCAGAUCGAUCCCGGAUCGCAGCCGUGCCGCGACAUCAUCAACCAUGUUUACGCGCAUUUUCUCACGCGGAUCAAGCAGGAGCAGACGGACGAGGCGUUCUGCCGCGGCUACAUCAUAUUCCAGAAGUGGAAAAUGGUGCGCAAACCGGAGGAAGCUGACACCGUGGACCGGUGUCUCUAUUCGCUAUACGGGCACCUACCGAAAAACGUCGCGACGCACGAGAUAUUCCGUAGCGUCGUGAAACUCGUCUCUACGUCGAUCGCGGGGAUGACGCGCGACUAUUUCGCAUACAUCAGGGCGCGGGAACGGGACCUCGAAAAACGGGAGAUGGUGCUCGACACCGUGUUCGACGACGUGGCCGACCUGGACAUCACGAAGGACUUCGACUGGGAGCGGCCCAGAGGGUCCGACUCUGACUUUAACAGCGCGUACAAACGGUGGGACGCGGAGAUCCACGCCUUCUCCGUAGGCAACACAGACGGCGACGACGACGUCGCGAUCAAAGAAGAAGUCGACGACGACGACCAGCCGGACGACGUGGUGGCCCUCAGCGACGACGAAAGCGCCAGAGGCGGCGCCGUCGUCAAGGUCAGAGAAUUGAUAGGCGACGACGACGACGACAUCAUCGAGAUUUCUUACUUCAUGAAGGAGAAGAAGGCGAAGGAGAAGUUGCGACGCGCGGCCGUCACGACGGAGGAGUCGAUGGACUCGGUGUCGACGACGAGUUCGAAGGCAGAGUCGAGCAGCGAGCCGUCGACGAUGGCAGAGGAGCGGCUACUGGCCAGUCCGGACCUGACACGCGACGGAGACGCCACGCGUUCGCUGUCGGCGUGCAGCUUCCUGGACGACGCGGCGUCGAUGACGAGCGCGAAAUCGUCAACGACCUGCGAAUGCGGCAAGAGUCGAGACUUCGUCGAAACGCCGCCUCCACCUCCGCCCCCGCCACCGUCACCGCCCCACACUAUAAAAACUGACACGCCCCCUUGCGAACAACCCGUCGUCGCGGCGCCCGACGUCGCCGAAGCUAAUGAAACGAAAGAGGCCCAAGUCGACGACGAUGUCGCCAAAGAAUCGGCCGCGGUGCCGAUCGCCGCCAAGUCCCUGGUGAAUCUGGCCGGGGGCGGCGAAAAUGCGACCGCCGCCGCCGCUGCUGUCCUGGUCGUCGUCGACCCUACCUACUUCGCCAAUCAAUCAACCAACACCGGCGAAUGCUAUGACCCGGCUACCAACUACGUCAUCAUGAAGUUGGUCGCGGCAGAAGAGGCGGGGCUCAAAUCGAGGACCGCGACGCCGCCCACUGCCGCCAAGUGCACGGCCAGCACGCAGACUCAGACCGAGUCGUCGGUCGAGCAAACGCCGGGAACGCCCUCUAGCAUGUUCCUCAACUUGCUGACGCCACCGUCUGAGGAACAGGCCACUGGAGGCACUUCCAGGAGGGACAACGGUGCCGCGGUCGCGGAAAGGACCUACCACAGUAGCGGCGAGGAGGAUCUCGAAUCAGUGGAGAUCAAUGACAACGAGCACUACAAAAACGCGUCGCACUAUUAUUCGAGCUUCUCCCCGAUGAUCAACGAGGAGGAGAUCGAGGCGCCCGCCUCCAACCAAUCGUACCGGAUGUCCGGGUCGCCCGAGCCGCAGGAGUAUGCUGGGGCGGGCGAGACGCCGUCUCCGUACGCUGCCGAAUGCGUCGUCUCCACUUCCGACUAUGUGGACAUCGUCGUCGAUACGAAACCGCUUCAGCUAACUGACGGUCCGGAAGAAGAAACGACGCACCCGGGUAGUUCGAACGUACCUCAAGAGGUGUGCCACGUCGUCGCCUCCCUGCUAGACGCCACCGUCCGGGACGAAGGGACGACGGACCCCGACGUAGGUGUCGCCCGCAUAUCCGUAACCCCGCUGGAGAACAUGUCAGUCGAGGGAGGAGCCGCGAGCGACUGGGCCGACGACAUCUGGUCCGGACCCGUCACGAAACUGAACACGAACAUCGUCAACCCGGACAAGAAUUUCGAUUUGUUCGACAGCGGCGCCGACGACGAAGCCGCCGCGACUCCGGCGGCCCCGCCGAGCCCCUCGCUCUACGACGACGACGUCCAGUCGCCCGCGUACGAACCGCUGGACAGCGUCGAGGUGGCAAGCAGUUUCUUCCCGAAGAAGCAGCUGCGCUCGAUACACAAGGUGGAGCCGGCCGACCCUACCGGCCUCAAAGUGAAGAUCAAGAAGGUGGGGCAGGUCGAGAAGAACGCGAGGGGCGGCGUCCGGGGCGGCGCGACGCGUGGCAUCCUGAAGCCCACCCAUGUGCUCGGCUAUCGCGUCAACGUUUUGUCGUUUAGCAAACACAAUGUCGCCGUCAAUGACGACCGUCUCCUGAGGACCGAUGACGUACAGGUGCGUCUCGAGUGCAACCCGAAGAGCAUCGAACGUUGGCUGAACCUGACCAAGAUGAAACGGAACGACACGAAGAAGAAGACGACGACGUCGGCGCUCAGACACGGCGAGAUGGUGCGCAUCGACUACAAGAAGGAGCCGGUCCGGGACGACGCGGAGGACGUGCCGUGGCCCGGCGGCGCCCACUUCACGAUGAUCGACUCGCAGCUGAAGCGAGUGGCCGCUUCACCGCCCGACGUCAAAGGUACGUUAGCUUUCGAACGUCCCGACGUCGCGGACGCGUGGACUCGGGAGGAGGCCGCCCGCACCCUGGUCGGCCUCAACUUGACCUUGGCCGCCUCCUCCGAGUCCUCCCCUUACUUAACCGCCGCCCUCUCGCCGAUGCCCUCCGUCGACGACGACGAUUCCGGUUUCAACGUCACCGUGCCCGAGAUCCCGUGCUCGCCGCCCCUCUCAACAGAAGACGACGACGACGUCAAAGACGUCCGCGUCAAGGUCGAUUACGACGACGACUACGGCGGCGGCGAGUCGACGCGGAAGCGCGCGCGCGCCGACCCCGCCCCCGCGGCGGCGUCGCUCGAAUCAUGCCGCGCGCUGAUCGAAAACUUUCGCGGUUUCACGCUGAACGAGGACGAGGACGGGCCGAAGGUCGUCGAGCUCGACACGAAACUGCCGCUGAAGAAGAGGAAGAUGAUGGCGGCGGCCGCGGCGGCGACGCCGACGCCGCCCCCGGAAACCGAUUUUGACGAGAUACUGAUGAAGGACAUAGAGCGGCUCGUCGAGGAGUCGAAACACGAGAUCUCGUACCCGGCGACGCCGAUGCUGAGCAUCGCGGAAGUGCAAGAGCACGAGAAAAUGCCGCGGCCGCCGUUCAAAACGGCGGCCGAGCGGAAAGAGAUACCGCCGCCGCCGCCGCCGCUCGCCGCUUACGGCGCCGACCGUUCGCGCAUCGUCACCGAGCAAUACAACAACCACACCUACAACAAUCCGACCAUCAAUUACCACAUGAACGGGCCGUUCCCGUUUUACCAGCCGUGCGGGCCGGUCGCGUACAUUCCGCUGCUGCCUUACGGCGCAGCCGCGUUCGCGACCGACGGCGCAGAACGGGAGGCGGCGAUGCCCGCGCCCGUCCCGCUGCCCGCGCCCCCGCCGCCGUCGCAACCGCAGCCGCCACCGGCGAAGAAACCCAAACGGGGAAGAGGACGGCCGAGGAAGCACAAGGCGACGCUUUGAACGCGUUAUUAUUCAAAUUUUCACUGUCAUUAAUCUUUUUCUCUCUACUACCACCUCUCUUUUUGAACUACGUCUAAAGAAGAAGAAGAAGAGGAGCAGGAGGAAGAGGAAAAAAGAAGAGGAGGAGGAAGACUUGGCGGCAAGAGAGAAGAGCGGGAAAAGUCCGGCGUGCUCUUUUUUUUUUUUUAGUAUAUUAAGUCCCGAGCGGCCAUUAAAUGUUUUCCUCACUCGAUGUAUUCUCUGUCGAUGCAUAAGAAAUGCUUCGAUGCGUUUGAGGCGCGCGCCGCGGUUUCCCGAACGUUCGCGGUAGUUCGUUUGUCCCGACGCCGGAUCGUAAAAUUUUGGCAAUAUAUGAAAAAAUCGCCUCGAAAACUCAAAAUGGCGAAUGAGUUUGCACAAUAUAUUUUGAAGAUCGUCGAUUGCGAAAUUCAGUACUAAUUUUCCGAAAUUCAAAAUAAAAACGAAAAAGAAACGUAUUAAUAUCUACUUAUAUAUUUAUGUAUUGACAAACAAAGUAUAAAUCUGGUUUGAGGUUUGUUGCUUCGAAGAAGCCUUUGUAGGUCGAAGAUUUCUUUGACUUUACAAUUAUAUUACAUUACAUUACAAUACAUACUAUGUUUGCAGUACGUCUAAGUACAAAAGAGGAAAAUAUAUAAUUACAUACAUACACACACACACACACGUCUGAUUGGGUAAAAUCUACAAUUAUAAUACUAAAUAACUAAAGUAAGAUUUUGUUUUGGUUUUAAAAUUUGAAAUAGCAAAUUUGUGACUUGAUUUGGAAUUAGCAAAGAGUUGAAUAGUUGAAAAUUACUGAAAUUUAUUAAAUUAACAUCUAAAAAUACAUAGUAAUAAAAAAAUGAUUAAUGAAACUAUUAUUAUAACAAUAAUUAUAUUGUAAAAAUCAACUAAAAGUACCAUUUUCUUUUUUAAUAAGUCAUUUAAUAUACAAUAAAAUUUAUUCUAUUUAAAAACAUAAUAUAAAGCUUGGUGUAAAUAAAGUUCUCUCAUAAUAAUAAAAGUUUUUUUAAAAGACACAUGUUAUGAUAACGAAAUUUUGCAAAAAAUAUAUUCCUUAGUAAUAUGAAAAAAUAUAUGUUAAUAAAAGAAAUGUAGAUACGAAAAUAUGCUUUAACGUAUACAAGAGUUUAAAAAUUAAAUAAUACAUAUAAAAAUAUUUUUGCUUACGUGACUGCAGCAGAUAAUUAAAAUAUAUAUAUUUUACUCAAUCUAUUCCUUAAUUUAUUUUUAUUAGUCCUCAUUUUGAUUUUAUUUUUUUAUGGUACUUCAUCCUCUAUUUUUCCUCUUUGUCGUCACUUUGCUUUGGUUUUUUCAUGGGCAUUUUUUCAGUAGUUGAUUUUGCGAAUUGCUGUUUAUUUUUUUUUUUUGAUGUUACAGUAUCAGUCUUUUUGAGAUCACGUCUGAUGAACCAACCAAUAUCCAAUCUUUUGCUUCGUUGGUUUAUUAAUCCAAGUUAUCAUUGCUACUAAUGCACAAUGAGCUAUCAGCAUAACCGUAGAACAUCCUGUUAAUUCGGCUUCUCAAUCAACCUAUUGUUCGAGCCCCUUUUGCAGCCUUAAAGAUUUAGGCGUUAACCUUUGAAUUUUUCUUACUUAAGAAGAUAGUAAAUAAAUAAAGUGCUGUUAUCCGUUACAAGCUACUGUAGUAUUUUCAGUCCGACGCAUUACUCUAAACCACCAUGACAGUAGUUUAGUACUUUGACAUGAAUAAUAGAUGGCAUUCGUAACAGCAUUCGUAUCUUAUACUCUUUAAGUUGUGUAAACUUGGAUCAAGAGAAUUUUUCACGCUUUUAGUGCAUUUAAAUUUCCUAGUUCGAAGUAAGCUUGAGGAGGAAGUGGGGUAUUUAUAAUUAUCAGAGUAAACUGAUAAGGUAUUUGUGGAGUUAUGAAUUUCUAAUACCGUGUGGUGUAUGUAUACCGAUGUCAGAUUCUGAAAUAGCGGUUGACAAUAGUCUGUAAAUCCUGCGUCAGAUAUAAUUCUAGUAGAUAUAUAGCACCGUUUAAGGAAGCAAAAACC